AUGGGAAGAAAUUGUUUGAGGAGAUGGGGAUUUCGUCGUUGUGAAGAUAUUUGUUGGAUUCGAACAAAUAUAGAAACUCCUGGACAUUCUAAAAAUUUGGAAAAUGGAGUUGUUCUUCAAAGAACAAAAGAACGUUGUCUUAUGGGAAUUAAAGGAACAGUAAGAAAAUCUACAGAUGGUGAUUUUAUUCAUGCAAAUGUAGAUAUUGAUCUUAUAAUUUCUGAAGAUUCUCCUUUUGGUAAUUAUGAAAAACCUACUAAAAUAUUUCAUAUCAUUGAACAUUUUUGUUUGGGAAGAAGACGCUUGCACUUGUUUGGAAAAGAUUCUAAUAUAAGACCUGGUUGGCUUACAGUAGGACAAGAGUUGACAAAUAGUAAUUUUAAUAGUGACCUGUAUCUGAGUUAUUUUGAAUCUGGUACCACCACUGGAUGCACAGACAGAAUUGAGUCUUUAAGGCCUAAAAGUCCCCCAGCUUCUGCAUUCAAUCGUGCAAGAGGCAGUGCUAGAGGACUCAUGGCCAUGUUAUAA